AGAGAGGCACCUGUCAGCUCCUUGGGUGGCUGCCGUGUCCCUGGCUUUCCUGAGGGGGGCUCACUAACGGCUGGGUCCCAUCCCACGGAGGCUGAGGAGAAGCAGGAGACGAGUCCCUGAGGAGACGCCGUGACCUGAGGGCUUCCCUUACUGAGGAGGCCUCGUGCUUCAUUUGUCACAAGCGGUGCCCAGGCCGGUAGUGACAACAGAGACAAUGCUCAGGCUUCUGAGACGUGCUUUGGCCUUCUUCCAUAGUACAGCCGACCCCACAGAGCAGCAGCGCCCACAGCAGCAGGGCCCACAGGAGCAGAGCCCGCAGCAGCAGGGCCCACAGCAGCAGGACCCACAGCAGCAGGACCCACAGGAGCAGGACCCACAGGAGCAGGGCCCACAGCAGCAGGACCCACAGCAGCAGGACCCACAGGAGCAGGGCCCACAGGAGCAGGGCCCACAGCAGCAGGGGCUCCCAGAAGGUGACACCCAGUUGACAACUGUGCUGGGAGUUGUCACAAGUUUCUGUGGUGAUUAUGGCGUGAUUGAUGAGUCGAUCUAUUUCAGUAGUGAUGUUGUGACUGGCAACAUGCCUCUAAAAGUUGGACAAAAAGUUAAUGUGGUUGUGGAAGAAGAUAAAAUACUUUAUGGAUUGAGAGCAAUCAAGGUGGAUGUUGUGCCUCACCCUCUUAACGGUGAUGGAGACUCAGACUCAAAAAUCAGAGUUUUAAAUGGAUGUGUUACUUCUAUAAGUGAAGAUACUAUUUAUAUUAGUAACAUCAUUUAUUUCCCUAUGGACAUUGUUUCUGAAGAUUUUGUGCCUUAUAAGGGUGACUGGUUAAAAGUUGAAUAUUCCACUGAACCAGGCUUCUCAAACUUCAAGGCAAGCUCUGUGAAGCCCACCCGUUGUAUUCAUGAGGAAGAGGUCCGCAUUACUCACAUACGUGGAAGAAGUGGGGUGAUAAAGAAUACUAUCUUUUUCACCUUGGAUUCUGUGAAACUUCCUGAUGGAUACGUACCUCAAGUAGAUGAUAUCGUCAAUGUGGUCAUGGUGGAGAGCACUCAGUUCUGCUUUAAGUGGAGAGCGGUUUCUAUCACCCCAGUACAAAAAUCAUAAUGACAAAACAUUUUUAUUCUGUUUAUAUUUCCUUUUAAGAGCAGUAAAGGGACUGGUUUAACUGAAAAGUUUAGCUUAGUAAGCCUAAAUAGUAUUUUACAUAUGAAUUUUCUGGCAAAUCUAAUUGAGAUACUGGCUAGUUCAAUUGGACCAUGAACCCAGCUUAGGGAAGUGCCUUAUCAAUUAAAAGCAUGCUAAAUUAGCUUGCUAGUCACUGGAAGAAAGGAGUUCUUAAUUAAAAUGAACAGUGCCAUUAAAUUUGAAUUCCAUAUUUCCUAUUAGCAGCAGCAGAUUCCAGGAUGACGGAGGCCUGGGACGGCCCUAAAGGGAACAUCAGAACCAAAGCAUUUAACUGAAAAGGCAUCAGGGACAGCAUGUUAAAGGCAUGAUUUAAAGUUACAAUUUGACUUCAGUUUUGAGUCCCCCUUAUGCUGUCUGUACAACCUGUAUUGUUCCAUAGCCUCUUUCAUCUUCUGUCAGUCACAUAAUUUGCAAUGUUUAUUAUUUCCUUAUGUUCCUUCUUCUCCAUGCUAAAAUGUAAACUCCACAAUGGCAGGAUGUCUUUUGGUCUGUUUUGUUUUUCUUUCUUUUUUUUUUUCUUUCAUUAGAGCAUCACCAGCACUUAGAGGAAGGCAUGACAGACUCACUGAGCAGAUAAAAUGUUAUUAAGUUCAAUGACUGCAUGAUUGGGCCAGCAAUGAUAUUUAGCUGUGGUUCAUUCAUCACUGGUUCCUUAGGAAUAAAAUCGUUGAUCAAUG